AUGAAGAUUGAAACCGCACUUCCCGUGGCUUUUGCUGCAGCUGUAGGCUCUGCCUUGGUUUUGCCAGACCUUGAAAAAUCGUCCCAUGACGUUGCUGAACGUAUCACUGGUGCGUUGCAUGCCGGCGAAUCCGUUGUGUCUUCGUUUGCCAAAGAAAUCACCAAAAAUGCUGCUGAGAAGGGCGAAUCCGUCAGGCUCGCCCCAUUCUUCUCUCACAAUGACGUCCAAUACACUGCGAUUCCCCACCGCUACAUUGUGGUAUUCAAGGGCCACGUUUCGCCCCAGGAGGCCGAAUACCACCGUGAAGUCGUUUCCCAGGCUCAUCUGCAAUCGUUGGCAAAGAUUCCGCUUACAGAUUCGUUCUUUGCAGCAACCGGUGGCUAUCCUGGCGAAGAAGACGAAUACGGAGAAUUCAAGGUUUUGGGUAGUGCCAAGACCAUCGAAGGUGGUAUCCAGGACUCCUUUGACCUGGUCGGCCUGCUGCACGGUUACAUCGGGUAUUUCACACAGGAAGUUGUCGAUUUCCUCCGCAUGAACCCUCUUGUCGAGUUGGUAGAGCAGGACUCUAUGGUGUUCUCUCAAGAGUUUGACACCCAAAACGGUGCUCCAUGGGGUCUAUCGCGUAUCUCGCAUCGUGAAAAGCUAAACUUGGGCUCUUUCAACAAGUACUUGUACGACGAUGCUGCCGGAAAAGGUGUCACGUCCUACGUCAUCGACACCGGUAUCAACGUUGAUCACAACGAUUUUGACGGUAGAGCUGUGUGGGGUAAGACAAUCCCUACUAACGACCUCGACCAAGAUGGUAAUGGCCAUGGUACUCACUGCGCUGGUACCAUCGCUUCCAAGCACUACGGUGUUGCCAAAAACGCCGAGGUUGUGGCCGUGAAGGUAUUGAGAUCCAACGGUUCUGGUUCGAUGUCUGACGUUGUGAAGGGUGUUGAAUUUGCUGCCAAAUCUCACCAGGAGGCCGUCAAGAGCAACAAGAAGGGUUUCAAGGGCUCUACCGCAAACAUGUCUUUGGGUGGUGGAAAGUCUCCUGCUCUUGACUUGGCUGUCAACGCCGCUGUCAAAGCCGGUUUGCAUUUCGCCGUAGCUGCUGGUAACGAAAACCAGGACGCCUGUAACACUUCUCCUGCAUCUGCUGAAAACGCCAUCACCGUUGGUGCGUCGACUUUGGCUGACGACAGAGCUUACUUUUCCAACUGGGGUAAGUGUGUCGACAUUUUCGCCCCAGGUCUAAAUGUCUUGUCUACUUACAUCGGUUCUGAGACCGCCACUGCUACCUUGUCUGGUACCUCGAUGGCAUCUCCCCAUGUUGCUGGGCUUUUGACAUACUUUUUGUCUUUGCAGCCCGACUCUGACAGCGAGUUCUUCCAUGCUGCCGGUGGUGUCACCCCUGCACAAUUAAAGAAGAAGUUGAUUGCUUACAGCACCAAGAAUGUUUUGGGAGACUUGCCAGAGGACACUGUGAACUAUCUCAUCUACAACGGUGCUGGACACGACCUCAAGGAGUUCUGGACUGACUAUGCGUUGGACACUGCAAGUGAACCGGAACUUUCUAAGAGCACUGUUGCUGCUGAGUUUGAGGGUUUCAUCGAAGGGUUGACUGAAAAGACAGAUCACAUCAACGAAGAAAUCAGAGAUGUCUUUGACAAGUUGACCGGUCUACUGUAA